AUGGCUUCCCACUCUUUAUCGUCACCAGCGUCUUCCCCAAACGCGUCAAAACCUUUAACGCACCUACUCUCUCCCAAGUCAAACCUACGUAGGUUACUUGCAGGAAUAGACGAAAGCUCAGACGAAGAAGACGGCAGAGAACCGGGCACACCCACUAUUACAAACACAACAAAAGAAGACACGCCUCAGCUUAGCCAUGACGAUGAGGACGAAAGCGAAGACGACGACGCCAUACUAAGACCCCGAGGACGACUUGCUUCUCGGAUGCAAGUUGAUGCUACCAAGCAAGUGCAAUUGGAGUCAAAGCCUACAGAAGGAGCAAGAGAUCGUGUGAGGAGACUUUUAGGACUGGAUCCUCAAGAAGAAACCACACCAAUUAAUGCCGUCGAUGCCACGAGGACCCCUGCAGCCCAAUCGGUCGAGGCUGAUAAUGCUGAAGAUGAGGAUGAGGAUGACAUCAGAAAACUACACAAUAGACGCCCGAAGGCGCCUCGGGCAAGGAGUAGAACACCGACGCCUGCUAGGGACUCGUCGCCGGAUCUCUUUGUUACGCCCUCGAAGGAGCUCGCGCUCCCAUUCGAUGCAGGCGAUGUAUCCGACGAAGAUGCAGACCUGCCAGAAAAUCCCAACACAAGCAAGCGUAUGAAGAAUCGCUUGUUGGAGCUGCAACAGAAGCGCAUCGCUCGGGAGAAACUAGAGCAAGAGAAGAACAAGAAGGAUCAUGGGCCAGACGACGAUGAGGCGGCCGAUGGGAUAAGCGGCGAGGAGUCAGACAACAUCACCGAUGACGAUGGCGGCCGGAAGCUCACCCAAGAGGCCGCAAGCCGCCCAUCGGCUCGCAAGGCAAGCAAGAAGGCUCUCGAAGAGAUGCACCGUGAGACGCAGCGUCUCAGCCGUAGCUUGCAACUCGCACAUGAGGCUAAGACCAAAAAGAAGAUUACCAAGGCAUCGCUCUUUGAACGUUUCAACUUCAAACCUGCGAAUGAAGCUUCAAAAUCGACCCUACCUGUCGUGGAAGAACAGGCUGCUGUGGCCCCUGUUGCAAGUUCUAGCAGGGCCGCGACUCCUGUAUCUACACACCACACGGACGCCGAGAUGAGCGAAUCGCCCACACCACCAACCUCGCCACCUGUGGCCGACAAGCCAGAUGGCGAUGGCCCGUCAGAAUCCCUUGGCACCGAGCAGGCGAUGGAUACCGACCCCAAAUCGAAAGCUGGCGAUGAUAAAGAUUUGCCAGAGCUUACUACGCUGGUUGCCAGAGCAACCGAGGAACAAGCCGCAAAAAUGCUAGAGAAGGGCAAGGGCAAAGCAACGACCGCAGACUUGGAUGCUGUGAACAACGCGGCCAAGCCAAAGCGCCAGUUCAGGGUCACGUUGCCCAGUACAGUCUCGGUCGAUUUGGGCGAGGAUGAGGACGAUCUCAUGAUAGUGAACACAAAGAAAAGCAAGCUAGACGCCAUAUUUGACAAUGCACCUGCCCAACGUAAGCAGUGCGAUGGAGCAAUGCAGGCUUUGCGGGUUCUCGCCCAGCUUGGUGGCUCUCCGGGCAAGGACCAGUCUAGGAGACGGGGCAAGUUUGGAUCGGCCAAACAGCCCACCAUGACAGCCGCGCAGCUACAGCUCACCUUGCACCAGCGGGCGCGCGAACAGGCUCGCAUUGAGCGCGAACGUCGUUUCGAGGCUCUCCGGGCCAAGGGCGUCCACAUCCAGACAGAGGAGGAACGCGAAAGAGAGAUGCAAGAUGUGGAGGACAUUAUGGCUGCUGCCAGGAGAGAGGCCGAGGAGAUCAUGCUACGAGAAAAGGAGGAGAGCAAGGCGGAUAGAAAACGAUCUGGCGAGGUCGACCCUCUCGCCUGGGACGACAGCGAUGAGGAAGGUGACUACCACGAGGCCCCAGAAGAGCAAGAUUCGGAGGUUGAGCUUUCCGGCUCCGAAGUCGAAGAUGCCGAUAUGGAGUCUGGGGCAGAGGACGACACAGAAGCUGUCGCCGAAGGCCUCGUGGACGAUCAAGCCGAGUCUGAUGUUGAUUCUUUGGCGGAACAAGAAGACGAAGACCAUGAUUUGGGCGUCGCGCCGCAGAAGUCGCGCCGCGCCAAGAAACAUACGACCGUUAUCUCAGAUGACGAGGAGGAAGACGAGCUCCCGGUACAGAAAUUGCCGACCCCGAAUCACAAGCCCCGCGCCGUCGAGGCUACGCCAAAAUCCAAGUCCACCGCUUUUAAAUCCCCAUCCACUAGAUCGAUUGAGUCACCAUUGCCUCCUCAGUCAGUUCUGCGUUCAGCGACCAAGACUUUCAUUCCCGGUCUCCCGGUCAAGGCUGGCGAGGCCGCUGGACUUGGACUUACUCAGAUUUUUGCUGGCACCAUGGAUGACAGCCAGGUUGACCCCUUUGCAUCCACUCUCAUCUCCCAGCCGCGGCCUACGUUCGAUGCAAUGCCACAGACCACGUUCCCACAGGCCUCGAUCGCUGAACAGCCCGAAAGCUCCAUCAUGGACACUCAACCUGCACCGCAGCAGGCCGAGGAAACCCAAAACGCCGGUGUAAACUUCGAUUUUGACACGCAGUCUCAAGUUCAUGGACUCGGCAGCCUGAUGCGAGAUGACGUCUUCACUCAGGCGUCUCAGUUCCCCGAAGCUACACAAGACGGCGGUUUCCAGGGUCGCACACCCUUGAAGGACAGGUUCAUUGAUCUCCCACAAUCGACUGUGGACACGGUGGCCGUGAAUGAUACCCAGUCCCGAGAACCUUCGGCCAUUCCCGAGUCACCUGUAAUGCGCAGGGGCAAGCUUCGUCGCAAGGUCGUGGCCAUGGACGAGGAUGAAGAGGACGUAGCACCGCGCAGAGACGAAGGUGAUGAGCGGGUGGCGGAUGCUGAGGAUGAACUCAUUCCUGGCACUCAAGAGGCGGCAAAUGCCUUCAGCGUGCUCAACAAGGCAGCCGUUCGGAAGGAAAAGCAGGAAGCUUUCGACAGAAAGAAGAGCAAAGCCAAAGAGAUGUUCCAGGAGCAGGCCGAGGAGUCUGAAGACGAGUAUGCUGGCCUUGGUGGCGCCGAGGGCGAGGACAGCGAUGACGAUGGAGAGGAUGUCAAAGACAUGAUAGACGACCGCACCAAAGCCAGCGAAGAGGAGAAGUCCAAGAUUGCCGCCAUCUAUGCUGAUCGCGAGCGUGCGGACGAUGAGAAGCAAGUAGAGAAACUCUUCCGAGACAUCACCUCGGGGAUGCUUCGACGAAAGCGGGGUGCUGACUACGGCGACCUCUCAGAUGAGGAUGAUGGUGGCGAGGCUCGCCGUCGUAUGAAGCGUCGACAGUUCGCCAAGAUGCAAAAGGCAUUGUUCGCUGAUGAGCGUGUGUCCAAGGUGGCAGAGAAUCCGCGUACAUCGGCGUUUAUGCGGACCAUUGAGGAUCGCAGUGAUGACGAGGACAUGCUAGAUAUUUUGGCACCAUCCGAGUCGCAGCAAGACGACGCCAUUCCUGACAGCCAGCCGUCUACGACCGAAGGUGCUGCGCCUGCUGUGACGGGCAGGCUUCCUGGACCUCAGCGUCGUAGAAAGGACCUCCAAAAGCCAUCCAACCUGGGUGAGGUCCGCGAGUCGCUCUCAGACCUCCUUGAGGAGCAUAACUCGAUGUCUUCUGUUGUCCCAGCCACAGAAGAGGACUCGGAAAGUGACGAUGCCGACGCUGAAGAAGAAGAGGCACCUCGAACAUCUGGUAGCUCAGGCGUCAACAGCAACAAAGAGAACCGCAACCCUCGCCGUAGGGCCGCAGAGGUUUCCGUAGUCGACCGCAUCAGUCUCAAGCGCUCCGGCUCAUCUGUGUCUUCGGACGACGGCGGCAGCCGCAGCGCUCGCACCGCGUUCGUGGCGGGCUCAAGCUCGGGCUCUUUCAAGGUCCCGGCGCUGCUGCGGCGCGCCACGACCAACUCCUCGAUGGCAGCCAGCGGAAACGGUGUUUCGUCUAGCACCGGGACCGCCAUCUCGGCCUCAACGGCCAGUGCAGCGGGGUCCAUGGGUGGUGACGAAGCCGCCAAGGUCAAGAAGAACGCCAGCAAGCGAUCUGGAAUCAACUACUUUGCGCGCGAGAACGAGCGUCUCGCCGCGCUGGCGGAGAGGGAGAGGAGGCGAGAGCAGAGGAAGUUCAAGGGUGCCGAGGACAGGAGCAAGGUUGUCGGUGGAUUGUUUGCUGCCGGAAAGUUUGAGUAGUGUCUGGUAUUGCGACUCGCUGCACAAGAGGAAAUUUCUUUUGUAUUUCAUACAGAAUGGCGUUCUGGCGUACUUUGGCGCCUAGUGAAGCCGGUUCACUUGACUUUGAGGUUUAGGGUGUGGUCUGGCUACUGUUUUUGACGCCCAUAGGAAGUGGGCCGUGUUUGGUCUCAUCGGGGAAUUGGAUGAUGCAAGCUUGGGCGUUGGUGGUGCUUUUUUAUGUCUGUCUUUCUUCUAGAACAUAAUCAUUUCAAG